AUGGCAAGCGGAUGUGGUCGAGAUGUGAUGCAUCCUUACGCAAAACGCAAAGGUCACAAUUACAUACUCACCGUUAUCGACGUGUUAAGUAAAUACGCGUGGGCUGUAUCGCUCAAGAGCAGAAGCGCUAGCGAGGUUGCUCGAGCGUUAUUUAAGAUAGUGCGAGACUCUAAGCGAUGUCCAAAAAUUUUGCAGACGGACAAAGAAAAGGAAUUCUACAACGCCGAACUGCGAAAGUUCGCGGAAAAAUAUGGAGUAAAUCAUUAUUCGAUGAAAGCGUCGAUCCUCGAGCGAUUUAAUCACAUGCUCAAGAACUCUAUGUGGAAAUACUUCACUUGA